AUGUCCUUCGAUUACAACAGAGUUCUCAUCAUCGGUGCCACCUCGGAUGAUGGUAAAGCCCUUGCUGAAAGAGUAGUGGUAUCCGACAUUCCCCUAGUGAUCUCCGGUCGACGCAAAGAGAACCUGGAAGAGUUCAUUAGACAGCAUGGCAAUGCUGAAGUAACAAGCAAGAGUUUUGAUGUGACCAAGCUGGACGAGGUAAGAAAUACUUGGCGGCUGGAGAAAGAUCCGGCGUUUCUUGCCGAGAAUCCUGAAAUCGAUUGCAUCUUCGUUAACUCUGGGAUCCAGCGUCUCUUCAACUUCUCUAAGCCCGAGACUGUGGAGUUGAAUAUAUUUGACCAAGAACUUGUAACGAACUACACUGUGCCUGUCCACCUCACCAAGGCCUUUCUCCCACACCUUCAGGCCCAGAAGAAGUCGACUGCUCUUGCCUUUACAACCUCGCAAAUGGCUAUUGUGCCCAUGUUACGCUGCCCUAAUGACGACGCAUCCAAGGGUGACCUUCAACGCUUUAUCCUGGCCCUUCGCACCCGGUUGGAGGAGGGCCCUGGCCAUGUCAAGGUGCUAGAGAUUUAUCCUCCUGCCGUGCAGACCGAGCUACAUGAUCCGAAGAAUCAACCUGAUUUGAAAAAUGGUCACUUGAUUGGAAUGCCAUUGAAAGGAUUUAUUGAUGAAGGGUGA